AUGUCUGCCCGAAGCGAUUGCGUCAGCCUUACUCCCGCAGAGUACAUCGAACUCCGCACUCUCAGCGAUGUGCCAGGUCUGCCUGAGGACGAGCAUCUGGAGGAAAUGGAUGUUGCUGAUGAGUGUCCGAGGCGGCUACGAAGUCGCAGUCAUGGUCGAAUGUGGAGAAGUCUUGCCGAGCCCCGAGUCAUUUUCAUCAAUACCACUCCACAGGCUGAUAUGAUGUAUCAAAGGUGCUGCUGUGCUUGUCAUCGCUACCACUGCAUGUACAUGGGUGCGGAGGGCUAUCCUCUCGUGGAUGAAUUAGCACAUUUGUCCAAAGGAUCGUUAUCCAAAGGUUCGGGCAGCAAAAGGAAUAACAAGCGCAUCUCAUUCAACCCGGAUCCAGAAAUGCGCUCUACCGAGGGAGCAAGAUAUGGGACAGAUGGACUUGACUCAGUGCACACCUCCAGAAGAACUUCUGUGGAUCUUACAAAGGAACCAGUACAGCAAAGUCAAGCAGUGUCCUGUUCUCGUAUAACUCAGCACGCGACCGUCAAACCACCACCAAAUUGUCGUCCUGACGCAUCCUGGACCUCGGGUCCAGCAAAAUAUUUGCCAAAGGAUACUGAAGUUCAAAGCCCAGAGGCGGCUGCAGCUGCCAAAGCAACCAUAAAGAGGGUUCUGGAGUCGCGUAUGUGUGAUUCUGUAUUUGGUAGGUCGUUCGACGCUACAGAGACCAAAAGCAUCUCAAAAGAGACUCCAACAUUUCCGAUAUCAAAUUCAAAAUCUGCGAAAAAUAAGGCAUCGAAAGAAGAAGAAGAUUUGAACCAGAACGAGGAUUCGAAUUCUAUGCUAGUACGCCGAAAUGAAGAUGUUUGCCUUCCCAAUGGGGAGGUAGAAGCCGCAAAACAGCGGUUCCUAAAUGCUUUAGCGCGGUUUCAAAUGGGUUCCUCAUCGAAACCAGGUUAG